CUCUCCUCCCUCUCUCUCUCUCUCUCUCUCCUCUCUCAGUAUUGAUCGAUAGUGAUCGAUGAUGCCAUGUUUGGAGUCUCCAGUGUUUUACCUCAGUUGGUCUCUGGUCGUCGGGGGCGCGCUCUACUUUUGGCAGCAGACGCGCGUGCACACGCCGUACGGUCGUUACACGUGUGAGCGCACGCGCUGCUGUUCGGCCAGACUGGGCUGGUUCCUACAGGAAGUUCCGUCUCUGCUGGUGCCGCUGCUGCUGCUGCUGCUGCUGCAGGAGGAGGAGACCGGGACCAGCCCCGGGACCAGCACCGGGACCAGCACCGGGAGGACGCUGCUGCUCUGCACCUUCAUGCUUCACUAUUUCCACAGGAGUUGUAUCUACGCCUUCCUGACCAGAGGAAGGCCCCUCCCCCUGAUGACGGUCGUCCAGGCGGCCAUCUUCUGCUCUGUGAACGGAUUCCUGCAGAGUCACCACCUGCUGCACUGCACACACUUCCCUCACAGCUGGAGCAGCAGCGCUCGGCAGGCUGGAGGUUUCCUUCUGUUUGUCGUCGGUCUGAGCAUCAACGUCCACAGCGACCACAUCCUACGCAACCUGAGGAGACCUGGAGAGGUGGUCUACAGGAUCCCCCACGGUGGGAUGUUUGAGUUUGUGUCGGCUGCAAACUUCUUCGGGGAGAUCGUGGAGUGGUGUGGUUACGCUGUAGUGACGUGGACCUUCCCUGCCUUCGCCUUUGCGUUCUUCAGCGCCUGCUCCAUCGGGCCCAGAGCGUUCCACCACCACAGAGACUACCAGCAGCGGUUUGAAGACUAUCCUCGCUGCAGGAAAGCUCUGAUCCCCUUCAUACUUUGACCUUGAGGUGGGAGGAGCCUGAGGUGGGAGUAGCCUGAACGUCACCACAGCGUUCAUGUUUUUACGGCAUGAAUCAAUGAAUAAACUGGGACUGAACGGACACUCACCCUCUCACAUUUCAUACCAAUAAUUACGAUGUCAUAGUUCAGUGGUGAGCACAUGAGGAAGUGCCCCGCCCUGCUGGCUGCCAUUCAUACUGCAUGUGUCCUCAAAAUAUUAAUAAAAAAUAGAUUUGUUUUUUUA